AUGGCCGACGCAGUGUCACCGCCUCCGGCAACUGAAGUUGCAACAAUUGCGACACCCAUCAACCUCAUACUUAUCUCGCUGUUCAUGGUGCUGCUUUACUAUCGCCUUACUCCCAAGACAGCAGCUACUCUGCCAACCCCACCAGCACCAACAGUCUUCAAGACCUUCACACCACCCGACCUUGAACCCUACAAUGGCCGCAACAAUAUGCCCGUCUACCUUGCAGUCCGUGGCAGAGUCUUUGACGUAACAUCCGGACGCAACUUCUACGGUCCAGGAGGUCCUUAUGCCAACUUUGCUGGACGCGACGCAAGUAGAGGUCUUGCCUGUGGCAGCUUCGACGAAGACAUGCUGACCAAGGACUUGAACGGACCGCUCGACACUCUGUCAGACUUGGGCGAGGAAGAAAUGGAAGCUUUGAGAGGAUGGGAAGAGAGAUUCUCGGAGAAGUACUUGGUUGUUGGUAAGCUUGUUCCCGUAGGAAGUGAGGAAGCACAGGAGGCCACUCAGACGGAGAAGCUGUGA